AUAAAAGACAAUUUGUACAAACAUGUCAUCGAAUAUUCUUGCUCCGUUUCAGCUCCUGGAAGUCAAUAUCAUUUCCGCACAAGACCUGAGUCCCGUCUCCCGCUCCAUGCGAGCCUACGCCGUCGCGUGGAUUCAUCCUGACCGCAAACUGUCGACACGUGUGGACGCGCACGGACGAAACAACCCUACCUGGAAUGACAAAUUUGUUUUUCGGGUUGAUGAGGAGUUUAUUCGGAAUGACACGUCGGCUGUGAUGAUUGAAAUCUAUGCUUUACAUUGGUUUCGUGACAUUCACGUCGGGACCGUCCGUGUUAUAGUCGGGAAUCUAAUCCAUCCGCUCCAAAGAUCGCGCCGUCAGCCGAAUCACAAGCAUUUGGGAAUGACAUUCGUGGCGUUGCAAGUUCGUCGCCCGUCGGGGAGACCACAGGGGAUCUUGAACGUUGGCGUGUCUCUCCUUGAUAGCUCCAUGCGGAGCAUGCCGCUGUACACGCAGCUUGGCUCCGCGGUUGGUUACCGUCAUUUGAUGGGCGAGGAGGAUCCAUUUCACAGUAAUCCCAACGCUAGCACCGCAAGUCAUAAUCAAAACUCCUUCUCGUUUCUCCUCGGGAAACCCGAAUUACGUCGGACUAAAAGCGAUUCAAGUUCCAUGCUCAGGUUGGAAGGAGGUAGAAAAUCCACGGUUAGGAUCGCUGAAGGCGGAUCAACGGUCAGCAGCAAUGAACCGUUCAACCAAACCAAGAAAACCAGGUCGAUUGCUAGUGGGUCGAAUGCUAUUGCAAUUAAGGGUAUAUCUAGGAAGGGAACUCCAUUGGGUAGCGUGGUGGAAGUUGGGAAACCCUUAAAAAAAUCAGCUGGUUCAGUGGUAAGCGGAUCUACUGAUUUUUCUGGGAAGCCCAAGAAACUGACUCCUCCAGGUAAUACUGGAAACGAAAACGGAGCCCCGAAUAAAUUUAAAACUUUCAAAGGCACGGCAAUGUUGACCGAAUCCGAAUUAGGUCCGUCGCCGUCGGAAGUAGCGGCAGCAAAGGCCAAGGAGAAGCUGUUACAGAGAACGAACGACGAGGAUGGUUCGAUAAUUCAAAAAUGGGACGUGGACAGCAGCGUGGAAGGACUUCAAUCGAAGCUGGAGCGUUGGAGGGCAGAACUGCCACCGUUAUACGACUCGAGUUUCCCGUCCAGCAGCAAUGGUGUCAGCGGAGGAAAAUCUACAGGAAGGCACAGUCGCAGGCACAUUGACGGCGGCCACAGUCCGGGGAUGUUUUCUUGCUUUGGUAAAGUAUGUGGAUGCGAAUUCUCCAUUGUUUGCUGUACGGCUCCAACGAAGAGAAGAAAGAAGAGAAGGGUUAACGGGCGGAUGAUUCGGAGCCCGUCGCAUAACAAUACUAGCUUCUUUUAAAUGAUUGAAUGGAAAAAAGUAACGUGGUGGUUUGGAAUGUAAGGAGCUCCAGUUGGUGGAAGAGUAUACAUGCAUGGGUGUAGCCGGAAAGAAAGAGGUUUAAUUAGGUUGGGUUAGAUGAUGUGGUUCCUCAUUCCUGACCUUUUAUUCAUGUAUUAUUCAUUCUUUUCCUUGUACACAAAAGUUAUACCUACCUGUUAAUUUUUUCAUGUAUUAUUCUCCGUUGAUUAUAGUAUCCAUGCCGGUCGAGUUUUCGCUGAUGAACCAAGAAAGAAAAUGAAAUUGGUCCAUCCAUGAAUGUAGGUGGAUACUGAG